UUGAUUCGCAGCGACAUCGUUUUUGGAUACGAAACUACGAGAUUUAUUUGUGUGAAACAGCUGUUAUUAGACGGGAGCCAUAGAAUUACUUCGGAUUAAAAUGAAGAGCGAUUUUUCUUCUAUACUAUACAUAAUAAGUGGAUAAAUGGCUAAAGACAUAGGAAAACGUUGUGAAAACCCUGUUGAACGUAUGCAGCAGUUAAACUAUUAUGAACAACAAAGAAAUAUGAAGCCUGGAACAUGUAACAAGUUUUUGCACGCAAUCAUCGAUCCCGAGUUUCUUCAGGGCAGCCACGGUACCGACAUUUUGUCCAAGCUGAACGAACUGAAUCUCAAGUACGAAAUUAAACAGCAAGCUGUACCAUGCACUAUCACCUAUUAUCGCACCACACAGCAAACGGUUACUCAGCAAGGAACAAUCACCGACAAAACUAUCGAGCAGAAAUUCAUGAUUUUCCUUAUGCAUGGUGAAGAUCUGGUACGUCGUGUUAAAGAGCGAGAUCUGCUUUCUUCUAUCGAAAAAGUACAACAGCACUAUCCUGGCAAAACAGUGUCACUGCUGGUUUUCGGAUUGGUCAGCUAUUGUCGCAACAAUCGAGGCUGCGUGGGUCGUAAGCAAACAGAAAUGGCACUGACGGAAUUACAACUUUUCACCGGCCUUUCCUAUCAGCUGCUGGAAACGGCCGAAGAAGUCGGUGACUUUGUGGCACAACUGGGGAAAAGUUUGGCCGAGUUGCCCUACAAACAACAGCAGAACGAAAAGUUCUGCCAGGAACAGUUGUACCUGGGUAACGAGAAAAAAGGUUGCGUACGUGUCGAAGGAACGGCCGGGUUACAUCAACUAUACCAAAAUCAGCUAAUCAAAAUUCCGUCCGUUACGCUGGAAGUGGCCGAAGCGAUCAUCAGUGUUUAUCCAAGUUUGCGGCAGCUGAUUGAAGCAUUUCGCUUCGCUACAGAUGGUCCCAAUCUGCUGGCAGACAUCCCGAUUCGGAGAGCGGGUGGACCGAUCACUUCCUCGAUUCGACGCAUUGGACCUGAGUUGAGCAAGAAAAUUUAUCUGCUCUACAGCAGCGUCGAUCCGAAGAUUGAACUUUGAGUAUCAGCAAAAAAUGCAAUGAAUAACAAAAAUAUAAUACCAUAAAUCUUUUUUUCGCAAAAAAAAAAUUAUCUAAUGUUACAAUUUUUUCUGGUUGAUACUUGCGAAAUGAACUCAUUUCUUUUUCAAUAUAUUACUACUGAAGUUGAA